UAAUCUCUCAUUUCUCUAACCCUAGAUCCCCAAUUCUCUCUAUCUCUCGACGAACCCUAACCCUAACCCGACCAAUUUCUCUCCGAUUCGACCAAUUUCUCUCCGAUUCUCUCUCAAUCUAUCACAAUCUCUACAAAUUUCGUCGAUUCUACUUCUUUUAUCCCUAAUCGAUGGCUCCUCGUGUUCGUGGUGGAAAAUCCAAAGGAAGAGGAAGAGGAAGGGGACCGCAGUCUCCGGCGAAGCGACCCGUUGUCCCAACUCGACCUAUAUCUUCCGGUGUGUCGACUCGAAGGCCUAGAAGCCUUCCGCCGCAGUACGAGUUCACGCCGGCGAACCCUCAAGAUCCAAUUCCAGAGACUGAGCAACCGGAGAUUCGCCAGCCUUCACCGCGAGUGAGUCUGAGAGACUAUCCACCUCCUCAGCAGCUUUUCCAGUCGGGCGAAGGAUCUCUGCAUGCAUCUGGUGGAUCUCCUCGAGGCUCCGGAUCGACUCCAUUUCGAGCAUCCAGAUCUACUCAAGUCAGAGGGUCUGUGUCCUCUGUUCAUCGGCUAGCCUCCGGAUCUCAUCGCGCUGCUCAGUCUCCAGCACCGGUUCAGUCUCCACCCUUGAAUCAACCUCGAGCAAGAGCUUCUGUGUCUGGCCACAAUUCUCAAGCUCAAAACGUAGAGGAUGAAGAAGAUGAAGAAGAUGAAGAAGGUGAAGAAGGUGAAUCGGAGGAAGAAGGUUUGAGGGAAUCAACUCUCCCGGAAGAUGUGCUCGCUACAUUAAAUGAUCUCCUUUCCCUGCCAGGCCGUGAGCUCUAUACCACUGUCAUCUCUCCGACAUUGGAGCCUGGAACGACAUGGUUUGGUAAGGAUAAGGGUAAGCUGACCUGGAAGAUCACUAAGUGUUUUACAAACAAGUUUGAUGGACCAUACUACAGUUGGAGCUGUGUGCCAACUGGAAGAAGAGAAAGAUACUUUCUUGAAUUCGCGAAAACACACACCUGGCAUCCUUCACACACAGGUGUGAUUGAAGCCAAGUUCUAUAAGAUCAUUGCACUGCGUUUGAAAGACAUGGAAGUUGAAUUGGGAAGACCUCCUACUAUUGGAGAAGUGUUCAUCAGAACUCAUACCAAGAAGGAUGGGACAUUUGUGGAUAGGAAGGCGCAGGAAAUCCAUGAGGCAUAUCUCAAGAACAAGGCAGCUAAGUUGGCUGCCCUGCAAGAGAAUGAUGAACUGUCUGAUGGUAAUUCGCGUCAGUCUGAGCUGUCUCAUGAGGAGGAUGAUGAGAUAUUUCUUCAGUCUACUGUCACAAAUGAUAGAGGGGAUUACUUUGGAAUUGGCAGCUUAGGGGUUUACAUCAACGGGAAGCGCAAGUACGCAGGAAGCAGCUCUUCUUUCACAACCCUGCAGUCACAGCUUGAGGAUGCUAACCGCAAGAUAGAGGAACAAGCAGCUUUACAAGCAGCACGUGAAGCAGAGGCAUUGCGGGUCACAGCAUCACAAGCAGCUGAGAUCAAGCAUUUGUCGAUGGUGAAGAAGUACCUGAGUGAAACUGACCCUAAUUUCCUGGCCUUCCUCAAUUCCCAAUCAACUCCUGCUGCGGAGGAUGAUCAUUCAGAGGCGGAGCAUUGCGCUGAUGCGGAAGUGAUUUACAAGUUUUUGGAGGUCAAUGAGAUUGAUAAGACGACGGUGGUGAGUGGUGACGAUCUCUUCGUUCACCAGUCCAUUAGCUCUGAAAAAUUUCGUAGCCUUGCCGUUGAUGAAGCUGUUGAGUUCAAGGUUGAGGUUGACAACGCCAGUCGUCUGAAGACUGUUGAAGUUUCUGGACCCGAGGGUGCUCCUGUUCAGUGUAGUGAACCAAGUCAUAUGGGUAUGGCGAGAGAUUGUUCUCAAGGUGGUGGAGGAUACAGUGGUGGUGGAGGUGGUUGAAGGUACGGUAUGUUGUAGGUGGAGGUGGUGGUACUUGCUUUAGUGGUUUUAUUUGUUUCGUUUAAUUUUGUACCAAUCUUAUCAUUUGUAUUAAGGAUUUUAUAACUAGAGACGUAGGUACAUAUGACAAAUGUGAAUGUUUUUAUUUAUGAAUUAUAAAACAUGUUGUGUUAU